UGACACCUGACACUGCCUGUCUGCACCUGGACCUCCGCGACCGUUUUAGAAACGCGAGGAAUAAGAAUAACAUCGGUCGGGUGUCCGAUAGGCGGGGGGUGGAGUGUUUCGAAAUAGUGAUCUGAACAGAAAGACAUGAGUUUAAAGCUGCGAACGGGUGAACCAUUUAGGAAAGUCUAGUAUAUUAGCAUUCGCCCAAGUAAAUUCAGGACAGCUCGACACCCAGAACGGGAGCACACUGCAAAGGGACUUAAUAGUUUUCUGCAAUAAUGUUGUAGUUACGCUAAAGAAACGAAUACGUAAUACAUAAAAAUAUCGAAGCGUGUAUUUGUUAUUAAUUGUCGUAUCGCGCAUGUCCAGUUUGUUUUAUUCAGCCUGGUGAGAUUAAGGCCGCAUUUGAACUCCGCAAGGUCCUUUCGGUCUUGGAAACGGAGAAGUACAGAGAAGCAAUCGCCUUGCAGUGGUGACGGGAGACCGGGGAUUAAAGAUUUUUGGCUCCUCAUUCUUUUGGUGAAGAUGAUUAAUUUGAUGGGCAGGAUCUAAUAUUAGUUUCAGCAUGACUGCACAACCUCCAGGUUCCUCUCCGAAAGAAUUAAAGCUGGAAGCGGGACAGACUAAUGGAGCACCUACUUAUUGUACACAAAGGUUGACCAGUCAUUGGGAAUUGGACAUUGACCAUACAAGCUCUGCCAAUGAGAUGGAGCUGUCCCAGGCAGACUACCCAAAUGAGAAUGCAGGAUUUACUCAAAGAUGCGUGAUCAUCCAAAGGGAUCAGCAAGGAUUUGGUUUCACUGUGUGUGGAGAUCGGAGAGUUCUUGUUCAGCAUGUAAGGCCUGGUGGAGCAGCAAUGAAAGCUGGUGUCCAUGAAGGUGACAGAAUAAUUAAGGUUAAUGGAUUACUGGUAUCUUCAAUGACUCAUCAAGAGAUGGUACGCGUUAUUAAAGCUGGUACCUAUGUUGCACUCACUCUGCAAGACCCACAGGACUCGUCCUUUUCUACCAGCAUACCACCUAUUCUAGAUCUUCCACAGGUUGGAUCAAAUGGUGCAAUUCCUUCUCUGCAUCUUUCUCCACCUACUCCUGCAACCUUUGCAGAUGUUCCCCAAGACAGUGUACAUAGGCCUAGACAGGAAAACUUGAGUUCCAGAUCAAGUGAGUCAUCUGAUGGACAGCAAACAGCGGAAUCAGGUCACCUCUCAGUGGACUUUCAGUGUGUGGAAAAUCAGGUAUUAAGAACAUCUAUUAUUGGUCCAGAAGAAAAUGAAGAUGAGGACGAUGCAAAUCUUGAGGGUGGUCCAUUUCAAGAUGUAGAACGAUUAAAAUCUCAUCCUGCACAUAUGAUUGUGUUCAUGAGAUAUAUCUUCAGCCAGCUACUGGAUCCCAAUCGUUUGUUGUUCUUUCUCUCAGCUGAUGCCUACCUCAGCGCCAGUGUAAAGGACACCCAUUCAUUGGCACAACAAAUAUAUGCCAGUUUUCUUGGAAAGGAUGCUCCAUUAAAAAUUCCAUUAUCUGAUGAACUUGGUUCAGAUAUUGAGAGCAGAGUGGAAGCACAAGAAGACAUCAUUGGACCUCUGUCAGAAAUUCAAAAGCAAAUUUUACCCAGUAUCAAUAGACAAAUUCAGGACUACAGGAACAAGCAGAUGAUGGGGCUUGGCCAUUUAUUUGGUGAAGGGGAUCUUCAAGAACUAGAAGAUGACCCAGCAAAAGAGAAGCAGAUUAUUGACCGACAAGUUGCUGCUUUGUGGGAUAUUCUGUGUAAACAUGAAGACCGGAGUUCCCCAAUGUCCUCUGCGGUUAUUCUCUACCUGAGACACUAUGGUGUUAAAGUAACGGAUUCCAGGCUCUUAAUGAUGAUGAGCCAGUCACAUGAAAAGGAGAAGUGGUCGUCAUUCUUUCCAAAACCAAAAAAGGUCAGUACUGCAAAGAAGGAGAAAGAAAAAGAAGGAAGUGAGGACAAGAAGAAAAAACUAAUUUUAAAAUAUAUUCCCAAGCCUAAGAUCCCAUCGCAGUCCAAUUCAAAUGUAGAAAUGCCACAAAGGAAGAACACACAGGAGUAUGGCCAGUGGAUUAAGAAGAAAGCUAAUGACGCUGACAAAAAUGAUGAAAAUAACCAAAAACUGGUAGACUACCAACAAAAACUGGAUUUAUCUCAGUUGGAAAGAGUGUCCCAUCCUGCUGUAGCACAACUCAAGAAAUUGGAUCUGACCACUAAGAAAAUGAUCCAUGAAGGCCCUUUACUUUGGAGAGUGAGGAAGGACAAAAUAAUCGAGCUCCAGGCUCUCUUGCUGGAAGAUCAGCUUAUUCUUUUGCAACGUGUAGAUGACAGAUUUGUUUUACGCUUUCGUACUAAAUAUGUGGAAGGUGGCAGAUCAGACUUAAAAACGGUCUUUAGUCCUGUUAUUAAUCUUGAUUCAAUAUUGGUCAGAUCAGUUGCUACUGAUGCAAGAGCUCUGUUUGUCAUCAGUACAUCAGAAAGUCAGAUUUAUGAGCUGGUGGCUGGAACUUUAUCAGAAAAAAAUUUAUGGAAAAACUUACUUGAAGAAACUGCCUGUCAAGCAUCAAAUAAGCCAUGUGCAUCGUUGGUCGGGUCAACUGAUCUGGAUCUUAAACCAGAAUCAUCUGAAACAGAUGUUGAUGUCUCCUUAAAAGGUGCUAUUUUCUCAGGACUCAGCACAGAAUUGCUGUCCUCAUGUUUAUGCGAGAAAGGAAUAGCUGACAGUGCUUUGCUUGAGGUUGAGAAGCUACGGCAAUUAAUUCUCUGGAGUACUGACAACAGUAAGAGCUCCGACAUACAGCAUGUAAGCGUAACUGAAGAUACCAAUGAAACAGUGAGUGAUUCCUUCCAAAUGUCACAGUCCACGUGUGCAAAGGACAGGACAAGCCACAACACCAUUAACACCUUGCAAGAUCCUCACACUACAGAGAGAGAGCAGAGUAUUAAGGCUGUCCGUAAAGGAAACUUCUUUUACCUGGUGAUGGUACCAUGUCCUGAAGAGACCAGCAGAGAUGGAGCUGAUUUGAGCAACUCACCAAAAAAUGAGUAUCACGAAGAUGAAAAACUGUCAUUUUCUAAAGAGAAUAAUGAUGACUAUGCAGUGUUUAACAACCUGCACAAACAACUUAUUCAACUGGAGACAAAAACUGAAAAUCAUGUCAUUCACAGCAUUGAGGAAAUAUUUCAAGCAAUUGAAAACUUAACACUCAAGCUGGAAAAGCUAAAGAACAUUGAACUUGCACACUUUCAGUUGCUAAAAAACCUGUCAGCCUCCUCUGUGAGUGCACAUCAUCAGUCUCAAGAGAUGUCAUCUUUGAUGCCACUUGGUGUUGUUAGAACUCAGUCCUGUCAAAGAGGUGCAGGAGAUGGCAAGGAAGAUAAUGCAGAAGAAAAUGAGUAAAUGAAGACCUGACCAACAGGAUUGCAAUUUUCUUUUUGUAUUGAAAUUAUUUUUAAAGACAGAAAAUUGACUCAGUUUUGCACAUUCUUGCAAUGACACAACACAACAGCUUCUUGAUGGAUGUAGAAGUGUGUAUUCAAGUGUCAGAGCAUCUGCAAUACUUACUCACGUGAGCCUUAAGGAACAUGCUGAUAUUGAAAUGUCUAUGAACACAGACACAUUUCUCAUAUAGCACAAGAUUUAUUUUAAACAUAGGUUUAGAUUAUUCCUAGAGCACCGAGUACUAUCUAUCUAGUCUACUGUGAAUUCAUUAAAACACUCAAUUAAUACUUUAGCAAAUGACCACACACAUUCUGCUGCUAUUUUCUGUUGUUUCCUAAUAUACUUUGGAAAUGACAUGGAAUUUCUUUUUAUUUUCCAAAGGACAACUUUUCAGACUGGAGUCUGCUCCUUAUCUUAAAUUUAAUUCUUUACAUUUUUAAUUUUUCACAUUAAAAUUUGACAGUUUUUAAUACUCAUUAAUUACCCAAACCAGUAAUUUUAAAGUGAUACUGUGUAAUUUUAACAUAAGUCUUUGAUCAAAUGUAAGAUUUAUCUGUUUUUGGGGAUGUUUCUAUUUUUAGAAUAAUCACAUUUUUAUUUAUUUUUGCAUGCUGAUUUUAAGGUUGAUAUACCAGGGCUAGAUAUAUAAAUAUGAAUGAUUACAAAUGCCUGUAUUUGUUGACAGUAGAAUGUAUGCACAUUUUAUUUCAAGAAUCCCAGUGACUUUUCCUGAUUUCUUUAAUUGUGUACUGUAUAUGAAAUUACAUACUUAACAUUGUAAUUUCUGUUGAUUUUAUGUAUACUGUAUUUAUAUUUUGGAUAAUCUUAUAGUAUGACAAUUUCACAUUAUUUUUUGGUAUGACGUUCUACAGUUUGGUAGAUCAUUUUUAAAUACAGGAGAUCUAAGCCAUAAUGUGAUGUUCACACUGAAGUGCUAGCUAUCGUUAAUUGAAACUGGAGCUCGAAAAUCAGGGGUGGCUGACAAUCAUCGGUAAUGGAGUUUACUGCUUGUGUUAUCUGUUGAGUUUUUGGCAUUUGAUCAUUACUGAAGCAAAGGUUUGUGCACUCAGUUUAAAUCUACUGAAUACGACUACAUUCAGCCAAGUACAUUAUGCAACUAGAGUUAGAAAAUAGGCUUUUAUAUUUUGUUUUUAAGUAUUCGUGUGUAUAAGGACCAUAGUCAUGGUAUUGUACAUAAUUAAAAUGUGUUGCGUAUAAUUUAUAUUAACUAAAAAAUGGGUCAUCUACUUUUUUACUACACCAUUUUUAUUAACUACACUUGCUCCAAGCAGUCUAUAUUACACGAAAAAGAUUACUCGAAGUCCAGUAUGACCAUUUUGUUGUGUAUAAGAGCCACAGGAAAGAAUCCUGCCAUCUGUUAUUUGUAUGGCAGCAAUUCACAUUUCUUUAUCAAAUCAGAGUGUCCUAAUGUGAUUUAAUCUGCAGGAUUCAGUAGUAGUAGUAGUUAUUUUUUCUUCAAGAUUCGGUUGUCUUUUGAAGUAAUGUAUUAUCUGUUUUUACAACUAAUGCAGGUCUUGUACUGUGUGACCUUCAUAUGCUGCAAAACCUUGAUGGUCACAUACACUAUAUAAUGGAUGGCAGUGGUGCUUUUGUAACACUUCACCAGUAAAGUCAUGUUACUCUGAGCUUAAUAAAUUACAUUUCCAUCAUGUUGUUUGUCACUAGCAAUUGGUUCCUAUUGAGAAGCCCUGAAAGCCUCCAGGCUGUGGGCUUUUUAAUUCCCUUAGUGUAGUACGUUUUCCCAGUGCUUGUAAAGUUUAAAAAAAAAAAAAAGCUGUUUUAAAAAUUUAACUAGAAGAAAAUGUUUUUAUCACCAGCUUAACUAUGUUAAAGUUACUAGACUGGACUUCUCGGUAAUAUUUAUGUCUGGAGACAACCACAAGUGAAUUUUGGUUAACGGUGAGUUUGAACAAUUAGAUGGCUCACUGAGUGUUGCAUUUCUAAACCAACCCAAUGUCUCGUGAAGGCAGACCACAAAGUAGAGGCGGUGAUUUCAAACUGCAAAGAUCAGAGGUGCUCUUGUUAACCUUAUCUGACAGACAGCAAACUUCUAAUUACGAAGAAAUGUCUACAGUCGAAAAAAUAUCCUCAAAACAUUCUAUUAGACAUAGAAAUGUAUUUUGCAUGUACAGACAGCACAGUUGCACAUUUUAAAAAUAAAGGUAACCUGUUGCAAGAGAAAAAACAUUCUGUAGAAUCAGAUUAAACACUGACAUUCGACAGCAUCAAUGGAUAAACAAUAAACGUGAACGAUAUGUUGUUUCAGGUGCUGCAUGUGCUCUCUGUUGUUCAGUGUUAACAUGAUAGUGGAGGAGUUGAUGUACACUUGAAAAAGAUGGCAGUUAUAUUCAUGAGAAUAUGAACAGCAAACUGCACAUUUGAAGUAAAUGGUGUGUUACACUCCAUCAACAGGUCCACUGUUAAGAGAGUUGAUAACAAGAAGCCACAGAAGAUGCAGAUUUCAGUACUCAAAACAACUGAAUGAACAAAUCUGCCUAACACCACCAGUAAAAACACAGAUGAAGCUGCACAACAUUCACCUCCCAACUGCACGUCUAAGCAAAUAUCUAAAAACUUAGCAUUACUGUCAACUUGGAAAUGCAAACAUGCCAUGCCAGAACAGCUGCAGUGGUUUAACAUUUUGUACUAUAUACCCAUAGAACACAAUGCUUACCUAAACUAUAUGUGCUGUUACAGUAUGUGCCACAAUAAUUUUAGUCACUUCUCAAACAUGUGGAGCCCAGUAGCUGCAGUGGUCUACGGGCGCGUGUGUCCGUCUGUCUCCACCAUCACAGCCCUCAUUCCAAUGUGCACAUUAAAUGUUAAGCUUCAGUUACUUUUUGCUACUGUGCCACCGAAAGAAUAACAGCAACUCUCUCAGCAUCAAGUUCAGUAUCUUUCGCUUUCUCCCUGAAACUCUAGCGGUGGUUUAAAAUCCACAGACUGGAGGAACUGAGGCCAAGUGUUGUAGGAAGAAGCCCUGGGCUGAAGCCUUUGCAGCACUAGAUUUCACUGCUGUUCACUACACAGUUUUUAACAGGUUGUCCCCAGACAUAUAUUUUUAAGAAUAACGUCUGGCUCCACAAGAAUAUUUAAAUUGUACACUGGAUUAUAAAGCCUUUUGAUAAACACACAAAAUGAAUUACUAACUUUGUAAACAAUUAUAUUUAAAAAGUUUUGGUAUUUUCAAAAUAAAUUAAAAAAUGACUUGCAUACAAUACAGACUGUUCUUCUCUCUCUCUUUUCUCUAAGAAACUAAAUGCUGUAGCAUACUGUCGACAGGUUGGAGACAUGUUAGGUGCUGGUCAGAUAUUUAGGUAAGAGUUUCCCUGAGCUCUGUACAUGUAACUGUAGACUUGAACUUGAAAUCCUAAACACCUUCAUGCUUACUGUACACAUGUACAUUUUUGUAUUCAUUGAAAAUUUAUAAAUAUUUCUUGUUGUCAAAAAUGUAAAUUUAAGUAUAUUUGAAACAAGGCUAUUUGUUGGUCCAUUGAAUAAACAUUUUCUGUUUGCAUGGA